AUUCUCGAGAGGCGGCAGGGGCGGCGGUCGCGGGAGGUUCUAAGGACUAAAACUUCUGAUGCGUUUCGGGCUUGCUGCGACGCGCCGCGUUUGCUGGUCAGAUGUAUCACGGCUAUCGCGGUCUCAAAAAGUCAUUGCGGCCGUGCAAGAUUCCCGGGAGGGAGGAUGCUGGUUUCUCUCGGAUUAGGUAUCAGCUGGCUCCAACAACCAUCUCACGUCGGAGUUGAGUCGAGUCUGGGAUUUGGAGGCUGGCUACACUACAUUGGCGUUUUCGGAUGGGUCGUGGAAUUUGUUGUUUUGUUUCUGUUUCAUGAUGGGCCAGCUCGUCUUGUGCGAGAUAACGAGGAGAAAGAUGAAUACCCUCUUGGUCGACAAUACCCCCGGUCCUUGUGUCUUUUGCCUUCUGAAGUGUGGCUAAUCAACCAUGAGCAAUGCUUGCCAGCAAGUAACAGGGCCACAAUCCAGAAGGUGGCCGGAACCCUGACACACAAGCGCAAUAUCUACGUGACGAUUCAAGAACGGUGGCGGCGUGAAGGCAGAGAAGAGAACACGGCACAGGAAAUUGGGUACAACGUCGUGGACUCUCAACUGUCGGAGCCACAUUCUCAUUUGCUGAGUUUGAGCGGUUCGCUGGGUACGACACAGCUGGUCUAUAGCAGUACUGCCCUUUCCUUCCAAACCACCCUCGCCUCCUGGACGCUGCCGCUCUCGAUCUACCCGGCGACGCCGCCGUCCUCCACGGCCUCUUGGAUGACCACACGGGACGGGCUGGAGACACUAGGGAGCUACCAGCAAAAAGUCAGCAGUGGCAAUGGGUUAAACGAUAUAGAACCAACCAACUCACAGCCUCUCAAUCGGUUGAGAACGCUUAGUGCUCUAAGCGGGCCCGCUUUGGGGACAACGCGGCGAGUUCGCGGCUUCAGGUUGAAUGUUAGACAACGGUUUGCCAGGCAAAUAUAAUUGCCAUAGGGGACACCAGCAGAAAACCCUUACCUAGUAAGAAAGUGUUGAUUUUAGAAAGGAGGGAGGUAAGGAUGGCGUCAAUUUCCGCAAGUUCAGCAAGUGCCUGCGAGUUGGAACUGCCGCCGGUUAUGGUACCGUCCGUCUGCGGGGCCCCUACAGAGAGGUCGUUGACCUUUUCUGUUAUGUGGGCGAGAGCGGCUUCCUCUUCUGUUAUGUGGGCAAGAGCGGCUUUGAUAGGGUCAAGCUCUUCCGCAAGUUCCUUAAACACCUCAAGGAACU